AUGCCAAUUGAGUGUCGACAAUCUAGUCAGGGGGGAAAGGGAAAUCGUGGAAUGUUUAUAGAAAGGGAUCCCAAUAUUGUUGCAGCAGGUUUGCCUACAGCACAACAAAACGACUCUGUUAGUGAGGCUUUGCAACAUUACUUACUUAAAGAUGAGGUUGAUGCACUAACAGGCGAUGCUAUUAUACCACCACCUAAGGAACGCCCAAGGCCUCCAUUGCGUAAGCCAAUUCCAUUAGAUUUGCGGCAUUCGGGUCCAGCUGGAUCACUAGUGGCAAAGGCGAUAAGACCAGAGGUAAGGUCUAAAUUUGAGAAUCUCGUUAAAGAAUUUAAGGAAACAUCGUACCAAUCUUACUGGAACGCUGCCGUCGGAGAGGUGAAGGAUCCAACACCAAUGCUACCAGAAGGUUUUGAUAUAUAUGGAACUACUUUUGGUAAAGCUACUCCUUUUCACGGAAGAUUGUAUGAUAUUGUUAUGCCCAAGGUACCACACCCGGAUAAAACUCCACCAUCAAAAAAUCUCUGUGUUCAGGUAGACCGCAAGUAUUGUACACCGGCUUACAAUCCUGAAUUAACUUAUGGUCAUCGCACGUUUGUAGAUAAACGAGGUACAUAUGCACGGUGUUGUUUAAGUGAUGACAGAAUUACAUUAGGAUCAGGUGGUAAAGCAAUUGUAAGCUCUAUACAAUCUAAUUUCAUAGACGCUAAUAAACCUGGAAUAGGAUUAGUUUUAGCUCCUAAUAAUAAUAUACGUGAGGUCCCUCAGGGAUACGCUUUUGGUAUACUUAAACCACCCGAUAAUGUACCAGAAUGUUUAACGUUUUGUGAAAUUAAUAAGGCAGUUGGGUUUUUCAGAAAAUGUCUGAAACAUCUUAAUACAUUACGAAGAGGUUUAUCAAAACGACGCUUACCAACAUUCUUUUACAAUUUCUAUUUAAAUCUUAAAUUUCAAGACACAGAACACUGUGGUUGGUUGUCAAAGGACAUCGUUUACAAACACUGUGGAAUACAACUGAUAAGAUUUGAUCCUGUAUUACUGGAACCAUUGCUAUCAUUAUGGCAUGCCUUUGAUGGAUCUAAAAUAAAUUAUAAAAUCUUUGUUCGAGUUAUUAACUAUAGAAUACCUUCGCCUGAAAUACCCAAAAUACCUGAUUUUCUACCGGAGUGCCUUGAUUUUCGUACUACCUAUACUGAAAUGGUUAAGCCUGGGCAAACGCCUGAUACCCGAAAAAUGGCAGGAUUACCAUCUGGCAGAUAUUUGGAUUUGGAUUAUCCUAUAUCGCCGGAAGGAUGUUGUGCAGCAGACCGAAUUUGUCUACCACAAGAAUCUGACGUAAGAAGUUGUAUCGCUCCUAGUAUCCUCACACAAGUUUUUGUUAGUCAUCGGGAUAUGUUCGAAAAACGAAGUCCCGAAAAUAUAAGAAGAGUCUUUGAAGCAUCCGGAGAAAAAUUCACAGACGAUACUUUUGAUGACAUUUGGACAGAAGCUCAGAAGUUACAUUCACAGGGAUGGGUCUGUUACGAAACAUUUCGUAAAGCAUUAGAGACACACUCAAAGGACAAAUAA